CAGCGCGCGCGGUUGGAUGAAAUUUUGUGCUACGCCACUCUUCUCAUCGAUAUAGAAGGAAAAAGUAAUUUGGCCGUUUAGUCGCGUUUUAUUGCCGCUAAAUUCAGCAUCUUAUCAAUCCAGACCGUGUAUCAGAUACCUAUAUCGCUAAAUGUGUUAUUGUUUAUGCAAUGGACAAUAACUGCCUUGGUUAUUCCCGAUGAGGCUGUAUAUUUCCCGUCCAAUCACAACGAAGAGAGCGGACUCUGCCAAUUUGCACUUUCUGCCCGGGGGCGAUUUUUCAAUGAAAUAUUUUUGCUGUGUCGCUUGAACUUCAUUUGUAAACGAAUGUGAGAGGGGACGAGGCGUUUGUGUGUCAUUGCAGUGUGGCAAGAAGAUCCUCGAUUCAUCGUAUUGUUGGGUAUAAAAGCCGUAGUUUUGUCGCAUGGUUUAAAGACAUUUCUUUCUUGUGCGCUGGUGUGUGGCGGCUUAAACAAAAAUGUGGCACACACCUCUAAAUGUGUGACAGAAUCUAGACGUGUAUAUUUCAUUCCAGGAUAUAUGUAUAUGUUGUUAGUUUUUGUUUCUUCUUUACAAUUCUACGUGUGUUGUCUGUGAACAGAAAGUACAGUGAAAAAACAUGGAAGCUCCACCAUGGAUGUUUAUUUUUUCAGUGCUGAUGUCCAUCACUUCAGUGUUUGCUUGCACAUUUCCAAGGGAGUGGCAUGGUUCCUGGUACCAGAACGUUUUUGGAGAGCUGUCCAUAUCGGAAAGAGAAAUCUCCAGAAAGGGUGUUUGCAUUGAGAACGUGGGAAAUAAAUUCGUGGUUUCAAACAGGGACCAGGAAUGUUAUAGGUGUCUUGUUAUCAACGCUUGGCACCAGAAUGUAAUUCAAUAUAAAGAAAGCUACUGUCAAAGGGAGAAAUCUUUAGAAGUAGCAUGCCGUAGUAUUAACGGAGACUAUCCUCUCCAUACCAUAGUCAAAGUGCCUGGAAGUCCCGUCAAAUGUCCUUUUCAGGGAAGAUACUCCUUUUCCUAUACUAAAAACGGAAGGGGGCCAUGCAGCAAUCCUCAGUCUGAAAUUCACGCAUGCGCUGAUGAGUCCAAAUUUAAAUUCGUUUACAAAGAAUGUCAAGGCAUUCCAGAUACCGAAGAAAAAGAGGUUUAUUUCCAAUGUUUAGCCACUUGGGAGAAUGGGGAAAAGUAUUUGUAUGGAAGAUUUAGUGGUUCUGAGGAGCUUUCAGACAGAGCCGAUAUGUACCGAUGUUUUAUGCACAGCUUAUUUGGGUACGGAGGGGAUAUGUCUAUGUCAGCUGAUGCUUCCUGCCAAGGGCUUCAAAGCCCCACCGUGGGGACAUCUACAAUGACUCUAGAACGAUUCCCAACUCCCCCCAUGCAAUGUCGAUUUCCAGCCAUAUUUGAGUUUAGAAAAGUUUGGAGAGACCUAUCAGGAAGGACACAGUUAGUUGUAGAUGAUCAGAUGCAAGUGAUCAGAAUUAAGGACACAUACCCAAGCUACUCGCUGAACGCAGACGAAAGCGGAAGUAACGAGGUCAAACUUGUCAUGCGCUGUAGGACAUCUCAUAGUGGAAUCGGAGAUGUUCACAAAUAUGUUGUAUACACAACGACUAGCGAAUGUGAAUCAAAAUACAGAUGUUUACGAAUAAAGCAGAGGGAUUCCGAUGGCAAAGUUUUGGAAAUGGAGCUAGGACAACCAUUUAAUGACGAAUUCAAUGCCUGUGAUGACAAAACUUUCACAACAGGAGAAAAACGAAUAUUGAUUGCCGAUGACGUAAAACCAAGGAAAUGCCCGGCGGAUGCAGUUGGUAGCUUUAAGUUCACGGACAAGACUUCAGACUGUGGGGGUCAAUUCAUAAUAGGGUGUAGCACGCCUCAAGAAAUUGUUAUCCAGAAAAAAUGUCCUGUUAAUCUUGAAUCAGUGAACAUAUGGAGAUGCUUGUCCGACUGGAUAGAUGGUCGAACUCACUACGUUAUCGUUCAGUCUCCGAAACUACUGAAGCCAGCCAUGUGUCUCUCUUUCACAGUCACAAGCGCUGGGAUAGACGUACAGGAGGAUGAAUACUGCAUGAGAAAAACAACAGUCAGUAGAUCGUCCAUCAAUUACUUGUUGUUUACACCAAAAGGUGAGUGCAAUCCAAACACACACCCGUCUAUCACUGAAAGUCCAAGUGGAAUAACUUCAGAUCGAACGAAAAUUUCUCCCGACAGAGGGGGGACCAAUCGCAUUCAGGGAUCUGAAGGCAUCAUUAACGCCGAUAACUCCAGUGUAAAUCUUUCCUUAUCGUUCGUCGUUUUAUUUCUAUCUUUUGUGACACUAUAUUUCAUGGUCAGGUGAUAGUUGAGAGAAAAAAAGUCUCUUUUUAUUCUGUAAAAUUGCCUCCUGCUCAAGUGCUAAACAAGAUGUGACGUCAUUCCAUUGCAAAUCACGUGAUACAAAGUAUCAGACCAAUCAGCAUCAUCUACCUUCAUGUCGGUUCCAAGCCGCAAACAUUAGAAAGGAAUACUCGUAUAACAGCAUAAUCCUUGAGCUCUUGGCAGGACAUAGAGCAAACUAAAUGGCAUAAUCUUUACAAGAAACCUAAUAUAUUUCAAAGGUUCGAUUAAAAAAAGAGAUCUAGUAAUGGACAAACUUGCCGCAUUAACUUGCCAAUAGUGCUACCGGUUCAAGACCGGAAGUGGAAUCCUUGGAACAUUUCCGAGUGUCCAAAGGAAGAACAUGAUUGUGAUAUAUUUAUUUUUUUUUUCGUGCUUUUAGUCCCAGUCAUGGCGGUACUAAGACGCGGUGCUAAAAUUAUUUUUGUUGGAUCUCAUUAUUAAUUAUAUGAUACAGAUCUGUAAAUUUUAAUUCAUUGCAAGCGCUGCUUUUGUCAUUCCCACCAUAUCAAUCUAAAUUGUUACAUUUCAGUGUCAUAAUUAUCAAUGUAGUUUGCUGGAAUAUAACUAUAUAUUUGCUUAAAGUAUUAAAUGAGAUUAUAAGUAAAAGUAAAAUUCUCAUCUGAAAUAAUACUCGGGAAUAGAUAACAAAAAUAAUAAUUCUGGAUAUUUUGCCACACAACGAUAAAAAAAAAAAUUGCCUACAUUCCCUGAAAGUAUGAAAGGAAUGCUAAUUAACCUUGUGUUUUUGACACCUCAACAUUCCUGUACGUAUGUAACAAUAUACUGACAUUGAAAUGGUUUUUUUUGUGUGCAAUAGAAAGCAGCAAAACAUUGUGCAUUAUAUUCAUAUACAAGAAAAAAAAAUGUGUUAUUCUACACCAAAAGCAUAAUACUUUAAAUACUUCAGUAGAUUAUGUUCUGUAACUAUUAUUAUAUCACAUGUAUUUUUUGCAACGAAGAACCCUGAGUUAAUUCUGUUUAUCAUGAUUUGUUCAUGACGGAUGACAGGGAUAGAGUACAUGUAUAGAGUGGAUGUGUUAAUCAUAUGAGAUGAUUGUUAAUUAAUAUGUUAUCUGUAUGUGCAUGUGAACAUUUCAUUCUUUUUAAUUGUGUUCAAUUGUAUCCUUCUUAAAAUUUCGAUGAAAGUUCUACGUUCACUCUAGAAGAUUCGGAUAUCUUGCUAUUUUAACUCGAAUUAUUUGAAAAUAAGAAAGCUUAAUGUUUCUAACAAAGAUAAAAUAUUCAUGUUAAUAAUUUUUGUUUUAUUUUUUAAAAAAAUCGUGUCCUUUUUUUUACUACCGUCCUUUUGUACUCCUUAGUUAGCUCGGCCUUUGUAAAAUAAACGGGGUUUUUGCAGUAUUAGAAAAAGUCUCCCCCCCCCCCCCCCCAACAAAUUUAUCCUAUAUACUGUAUUUUGCAAUCAAAUAUGACACAAACUUUCAGUAUUCAAUUAUUCAACAGGAACGCCUCUCGUGGUAGCAAAAGUUUUAUUUUUAAUUUUGUAAAAGCCACUUUCUGUUCAGCCAAAGAUCUAAUGCUUUUCUUUGUGUUAAGAAAUCAGUGAUUGCACUGUCAUGUUUCAUAAGAAGUUUUAACCAGUGCCAAUAGUAUGAAUGAAUGUCUUGACGUAAUAUUGUAUUUUUUGUUUUGUUUUUAUGAGGAGGUAUAAACGCUAUGUGUCAGUACUUUCAUUUCUGUUGUUACGAUAUAGAAGGUGAAAAAUGAAAGUUGUGACAAAUUGAUAUAUUGUAAAAUUGUACAUUACUUAUUAUAAAAAUGAGAUAUAAAAAAUAAACAAAC